CCCGUAUUUAAAGAGACAGGCGGCCUAGUCAUCGAGUGAGGCCUGCGGCCUUGUGGGCUGUCGGUCCGGUCGCUGGUGCGGAACGUCGGAGCCGGGGCGGCGGGGAAGGCAGCUAUAUGACUUUGGCUUUCAAGAUCCUCUUCCCAAGAAACCUUUGUGCCCUUGGCAGAAAAGAACUGUGUCUGUUCCCAGAACACAAUCGCUGGCCUGCUAUAAGACAGUUGAGCCAGUGGUCAGAAACAGAUUUCCCUCGUGGGUGCUGUCUCCUCCAGAGAAGAAAGCCUGUUCUACCUUUUCAAGGAGGUCAUCUAAGACCACGUGCCACCCACCUUGUUUUCUUCCCAGGGUCGCAUGUGGGACUCUGUACUGGCCCCUAUGAGAUGGCGGAGCAGCGGUUCUGUGUGGACUAUGCCAAGCGGGGCACAGCUGGCUGCAAGAAAUGCAAGGAGAAGAUUGUAAAGGGUGUAUGCCGAAUUGGCAAAGUGGUGCCCAAUCCCUUCUCCGAGUCUGGGGGCGAUAUGAAGGAGUGGUACCACAUUAAGUGCAUGUUUGAGAAACUGGAGCGGGCACGGGCCACCACAAAAAAAAUCGAAGACCUCACAGAGCUGGAAGGCUGGGAAGAGCUGGAAGACAAUGAAAAGGAACAGAUAAGCCAGCACAUUGCAGAUCUGUCCUCUAAGGCAUCUGGCACACCAAAGAAGAAAGCUGCUGUCCAGGCUAAGCUGACGACCACUGGCCAGGUGACAUCCCCUGCAAAAGGUGCUUCAUUUGUUACCAGUACCAAUCCCCGGAAAUUUUCUGGCUUUUCAGCAGCCAAACCCAACAACUCUGAGCAAGCUCCCUCAAGCCCUGCCCCUAGAACAAGUCUGUCAGCAAGUAAAUGUGACCCUAAACACAAAGAUUGUCUACUUCGAGAGUUCCGGAAGUUGUGUGCCAUGGUAGCUGAAAAUCCUAGCUACAACAUAAAGACCCAGAUCAUCCAGGACUUCUUGCAGAAAGGCUCCACAGGAGAUGGCUUCCACGGUGAUGUGUAUCUAACAGUGAAGCUGUUGCUGCCAGGUGUCAUUAAGAGUGUCUACAACUUGAACGAUAAGCAGAUUGUGAAACUUUUUAGCCGCAUUUUUAACUGCAACCCAGAUGAUAUGGCCCGGGACCUAGAACAGGGUGACGUGUCAGAGACGAUCAGAGUCUUCUUUGAGCAGAGCAAGUCUUUUCCCCCAGCUGCCAAGAGCCUCCUCACCAUCCAAGAAGUGGAUGCCUUCCUUCUGCACCUCUCCAAGCUCACCAAAGAGGAUGAGCAGCAGCAGGCCCUACAGGACAUUGCCUCCAGGUGUACAGCCAAUGACCUUAAGUGUAUCAUUCGGCUCAUCAAACAUGAUCUGAAGAUGAACUCGGGUGCAAAACAUGUGUUAGAUGCCCUUGACCCCAAUGCUUAUGAAGCCUUCAAAGCGUCACGCAACCUGCAGGAUGUGGUAGAGCGGGUCCUUCACAAUGAGCAGGAGGUGGAGAAGGACCCAGGCCGGCGUCGGGCUCUGAGUGUCCAAGCCUCACUGAUGACUCCUGUGCAGCCCAUGCUGGCUGAGGCCUGCAAGUCCAUCGAGUAUGCAAUGAAGAAGUGUCCCAAUGGCAUGUUCUCUGAGAUCAAGUACGAUGGUGAGCGAGUCCAGGUGCAUAAGAAGGGGGACCACUUCAGCUACUUCAGCCGCAGUCUCAAGCCUGUCCUGCCUCACAAGGUGGCUCACUUUAAGGACUACAUUCCCAAAGCUUUUCCUGGGGGUCAAAGCAUGAUCUUGGACUCCGAGGUGCUCCUGAUUGACAACAACACAGGCAAACCACUGCCCUUUGGGACUCUGGGAGUGCACAAGAAAGCUGCCUUCCAGGAUGCUAAUGUCUGCCUGUUUGUUUUUGACUGUAUCUACUUUAAUGAUGUCAGUUUGAUGGACAGGCCUCUUUGUGAGCGACGGAAGUUUCUUCAUGACAACAUGGUAGAAGUCCAUAACCGGAUCAUGUUCUCAGAAAUGAAGCAAGUCACAAAAGCCUCAGACCUGGCUGACAUGAUAAACCGGGUGAUCCGAGAGGGCUUAGAAGGGCUGGUGCUGAAGGAUGUAAAGGGUACAUAUGAGCCUGGGAAGCGACACUGGCUGAAAGUUAAAAAAGAUUAUUUGAACGAGGGGGCCAUGGCUGAUACAGCUGAUCUGGUGGUUCUUGGGGCCUUCUAUGGGCACGGGAGCAAAGGCGGCAUGAUGUCCAUCUUCCUCAUGGGCUGCUAUGACCCUGACAGCCAAAAGUGGUGCACGGUCACCAAAUGCUCUGGCGGCCAUGAUGAUGCCACACUUGCCCGCCUGCAGAAGGAGCUAGAUAUGGUGAAGAUCAGCAAGGAUCCUAGCAAGAUACCCAGUUGGCUGAAGAUCAACAAGAUCUACUAUCCUGACUUUAUUGUCCCAGACCCAAAGAAAGCUGCUGUGUGGGAGAUCACAGGGGCAGAAUUCUCCAAAUCUGAGGCUCACACUGCUGAUGGGAUCUCCAUCAGAUUUCCUCGAUGCACCCGAAUCCGGGACGACAAGGACUGGAAAUCUGCUACGAACCUCCCCCAACUCAAGGAACUGUACCAGCUGUCCAAAGAGAAGGCAGACUUUGCUGUGGUGGCUGGAGAUGAGGGCAAUUCCACCACUGGAGGCAGCAGUGGUGAGAAUGGGGGCUCUGCUGUACCCCGAAAGGGCCCAAAAGCACCUCCCAGUAAGUCCUCUGCCAGUUCCAAGAAGACCGAACAGAAGCCAAAUAACCCCAAUGGCAGAGAUGGCAACAAGCUGAUUCUAAAGCCUUCCCCCAUGAAACCAGGAGAGAAGCUGGCCAUGAAGUCUUCUCCAGUGAAAGUGGGGGUGAAGAGGAAAGCUGCUGAUGACACUCCAUGCCCGACAAAGGUGCUGUUGAAUGUCUUCACUGGGGUGCAGCUCUACUUGCCACCUUCCACACCAGACUUCAAACGGCUCAAACGCUAUUUUGUGGCAUUCGACGGGGACCUGGUACAGGAAUUUGACAUCGCCUCAGCCACACAUGUGCUGGGUACCAGGGAUAAGAACACUGAGGCCCAGUUGGUCUCCCCAGAGUGGAUUUGGGCAUGUAUCCGGAAACGGAGGCUGAUAGCUCCCUGCUAGGACUUUGGUCUUGUUUUGGGCUGUCCUCAGCUGCCCACUCUACUAUGACAUGAGGCACAGCCAGAUGAUAGGGGCCUCUUUGCUAAGCAGUGUACCUUCUUAACACCCUCCAACUCUU